UAAAGGCAGGCAUACAUAAGCGAUUGAGCACGUACGUCUUCGAUUGGACGGCGAUUGCAAAAUCGGGCUGGAGCAAAGCGCAGUGAAGAAGCGUUGCUCGCUGGCAAACAGUGGUUGGAGAGCCAUUGUUAUGUAUGUACGUUUAAAUGCCUUUUCAACGCAUGCAAUAGGCGUGUGCAGUGCGCUCAACCACCCAACGUCCAGCAGUUGCACAUCCGCUUUAUAAAUACACCAUCUGCGUAGGAAGUCCAUUUUAUUGUUAAACGAAAGGCAGACGCGUACGCGUCGUGGUUUAGAGUGCGUACGUUACUUCACAACAGACGUGAGGCUUGUGGAAUAAACUUCAACUAAACGCUACUAUAAGUGUUAUAUAAUAACGAGAAAUUGUGUUAAGCAACGAUGAAAGUGAAUUUAUUAAUAGCCUUCACGCUAUUGGCAGUUAUUGCUGCUAGCAACGCCGAGAAAGUUCGUCCUCUUGGUAGAUACGGUCAGAAGCGUGCUGUGGAAAGUGAACAGAAAAAGGAUAUACAGUUAGUAGCGGAGAAAGCUGAGGACGCGCCAAUUGAAGAGAAAUCAGACAAACAGUCAGAGUCCUCAACCCCGUCUUCAGCGCCAGCUGUGCUGCAGCGCAAGGAAGAUGUUGGCAAGGAUGUGCACAAACGUGGCAUCUACUACAAUGGCGGCCUAGGCUAUGGUGUACAUGCUGCCCAAGCCGCAUACUGGCCUAAAUCCUAUGCCGCACAUUAUGGAUAUAGUUUGAACUUGCCAGGCGCCUCUGCCUUUUCUAAUGUAGCCGCACACGCGCACGCUCACGCUCAUACACCCGUAUACGCGACUGCCCCAGCUUUCGCUCAAGCACCUGCUUACGCCCACGGACCCGUCUACGCCGCACAUGCCCACGCGCCCACAAUAUUGAAGUAUCCAAGCGCUGGUGGCUAUCAUAUUAAACAGUUUGCCGCUGGUCCCGCCGCGUUUCCUGUCGCCUCAUAUGCUGGUUCUAACAUUGGAUUAGGUAACACCGCUAUUGGUUUUGGUACUGCGGCUGCUGUACCUGCUGUUGCGCCUCCAGCUGUGCAGACAUUACCGCAUUUGCAUGUGACUCCGUUUGCGCCCGCUGCCGCACCCGCCGUGGCACCUGUAGCGCCCGCCGUCGCGACUGCUGCUCCUGUUUCGCCAUUCGUUUUGCGUCCUGGUGGCGCUGUCGUUUCUUCCUACAGCGUAAACUAUCCUCGUUUCCCUCAAAAACCAGUGGUAGCUGUGCCGAAUCUUACCCCCGUUCAACCGCUGGCUCAUGUGCACCCAGUGCAACUGGUACAACCUUUACAACCGGUACAGCCUUUGCAACCAUUGCAGCCGUUACAACCGGUACAGCCGUUGCAACCGGUCCAACCGUUGCAACCGGUCCAACCGUUGCAACCAGUGCAGCCGUUACAACCAGUACAACCGCUUCAACCAGUGCCGGCUUUAGCGCCAGUACAUCCGGUUCAAACGGUCCAUUCUGUUGUGCAAGUACAACACACGACUCAUCCUUUAACAUCUGUACAGCCGCUACAUCAGUAUCCUCAUUAUUUCCAGACGAGCUUCGUUCAGCCACAACGUAUCCCUGUCACUGUGCCUGCCGCGCCUGUGCCUGCAAUACCAGCCAUUCCUGCCGUACCGGUUUCACCGAGUUUCCCUGCCGUGCCCAGUUUUCCUCCAGCGCCUGCUUUGCCUGCAGUUCCCACAUUCCCCUCAGCACCAGCUUUUCCUAGCAUACCCGCAGUGCCUGCAGUUCCCACCACGCCAGCUGUGCCAACCACGCCCACAGUGGGCAUACCAACGGUACGUCCCACGGCUUUGAACCCUAACCCUGUUUUUCCUAUCGGUGUUCAACCACCCCGUCGCCCCGAGCAAUCACCCACCUUCGUAAGUAUACCAGUGCAACCGGAGGCGCAGUUUCCCCCACUUGUACCGUUGCCCGGUUCACAAAGACCGGAGGGUGGUAGCGCCGAGGCAGCACCGCAAAUCCCCAGCAUUCAGCCAAUUGCCGCACCACAGCCGGAGCCCGAAUUGCCCGCUGUACAAGGAGCCGAGGAGCCCUGGAAACCAAUACUUUCCUACGGACCACCCAGUGUUAACCGACCAGCGUUAACUCUAUUGCCGCCCUAUGGCAGCUCGCCGGGAGAGGCUUACUUGCCACCAGUCGCUUCGGCGCAACAACAGCAAUAUCAGCAGCAGCAACAGCAGGCUGGACUUUUCGAUAACCUGUCGGAUUCGGAAAUCGAACAAAUAUUCGCACAGGCUGCCAAUUUAGCAGCGAAACAUGCGCCGCAACAUCAACACCACCGCACUUUCUCUCACUAUUAGGUGAAGGAAGGUAGCAAACUUUAGCUUUUAAUCUAGAUAAGUGUUAGUGUGUGAAUUCUACUCAAGUAUUGCAAAAGUUUGGAGCGGAGAUUUCGAAUACGAAGAGUUUCUUAUAAUCUUCGGAGUAGUUAGGAGGAGAUCCAUGAGGCUUCGUGCGAAGCGUCAGCUUUUAAUUUAAGUUCUUACUUAAGUUAUUCAAUUAUUUAUUUACAGAAAUAAAAUUGUAAGUGGAAAUUAUA